GCCACUCAACCAUGUGCUGGCUGGACUAAUCUUUAUUCACAAUGUCUUUGCAAAGGCUUCUGCAGCAGAGCGACAAUGGCAACUUGGAGGACUACCACACAGGUCCUGCAUACAGCUCUUACUCCGCCCUCACAGGCCCUCUCACAGUGGAAGAUAAUAGAAGGAUCCAGAUGCUGGCAGACACUGUGGCUACCUUGCCUCGGGGACGAAAGCAGCUUGCUUUGAGCAGAUCCAGUUCUUUGGGUGACUUUUCCUGGUCUCAAAGAAAGCUUGUUACUAUGGAAAAGCAGGACAAUGGAACAUUUGGUUUUGAAAUUCAGCCUCACAGGCUUCAGAACACCUGCUCCUUGGGAGUGUAUACUGUGAUCUGCAAAGUGCAGGAGGACAGCCCAGCUCACUGUGCCGGCCUGGAAACUGGUGACGUCCUUGCAAAUGUGAAUGGUGUGAGCACAGAAGGCUUUACUCACAAACAAGUGGUUGACCUGAUCCGAUCCUCAGGAAAUCUGCUAACGAUAGAGACUCUUAAUGGAACAAUGAUUCACAGAAGAGCAGAGCUUGAAGCAAAGCUGCAGGCUUUAAAGCAAACCUUAAAGAAAAAAUGGGUGGAGUUCAGGUCUCUGCAUUUACAGGAACAGCGCUUGCUGCAUGGUGAUGCAGCCAGCUGCCCAAGUUUGGAAAACACGUACCUGGAUGACCUGUCUUUGUUUGGAAGCCUAUCUGGGUCAGGCCCAGCGCUCUUGGACCAGAACCGCUUGUCCAGCGAAAGCAGCUGUAAGAGCUGGCUGAGCUCCAUGACGGUGGACAGCGAGGAUGGUUGUGUGUCGGAGGACUCGAGUCGGGGUGCCUUCAGUCGUCAGACAAGCACAGAUGACGAGUGUUUUGUCUCUAAGGAUGGGGAUGAAUUUUUGAGGAAUACUUCAAGGAGGAACCGGAGCAUCAGUGCCACUAGCAGUGGGUCUUUGUCCCCGCUGUGGGAGGGCAAUUACUCAAGCAUGUUUGGGACACUGCCCCGGAAAAGCAGAAGGGGAAGUGUCCGGAAGCAAAUUUUGAAAUUCAUCCCUGGCCUUCACCGUGCCGUGGAAGAGGAAGAGAGUCGCUUUUGAUAGGUUGUAGAGACCUUUAGAAUUGACUUGUUUCACAAAUCUCUCUAGACUCUUCUAGAUGAACUCUGCAUGGCUUAGUGGGAAAGUACAGAUUGUGAAGCUGACAUCUCAUUUCACUGCAGCACUGACCUUUAUUUAAGUUCUUAGAUUGUUGUUUUUGCUUCUUAAAUAAUUUUCAACCAGUGAAGCUUAGAUUCUAAGCAGACAUUAGGGAAACUAAGUGAUGAGUUAGAUAAUGUAACAAAGUGAUACACAUGCCUGUUCAUUCUAACACUGGCCAUUAAAGUAAGGAAAAUAUUUUACUGAUUAUGCACAUAAAAAUACUGAGAACUGCUUGGAGUCAAGUGUGAGUACAGUGACAAAAUACAAUUAUUGUGCUACCUUUCAUAGGUUAAUUUGAUGGGUUACAAAACUUUAUGUUUGCUUAAUUAAACUCAGUAGUCUCUGGGGAGCAUUUAUAACAGGGAAGUAUAAAUGGUUCUGUUCAAACUGUUAAAGGGUAAUAAACAAAGAUGGUGGUGAGCCUCUUCUCACCUUCACAGUGACAACAGGGGCAAGAAGUUAAGGUUGAAGAUGAGGGCCUAAACCUCAUGAGAACCAUGGAAAAAGAGGUCACAGGUGCUGAGGACUGUUAUGGUAAGGCCUGUCUUCUAAGAAGUUAAACAUAAAGGGCGAGACUCUCAUGGGUUUUUGCCAAAUUCAAUUUUUAUUUUGCAGUUUUUGAGAGCAACUGGUCCUUUCUCAGCCCAGAUGUGUGUGACCCGGGGAUUUAGGAUGCAGAAACCCAAAGGUCACCUCAAAUCAGCUUAAGACAGUGGCUCUUGAGUAAAGUGCAAAAAACUUUAUUAAGAGAGACUAAGGAAAAGUGAGAAAGUAAAGGAAAAACUCCUGAG